AUGGCGGAGCCGCUGCUGCGCCGAACUUUGUCCCGCCUGAGGCGCCGGGAGCGCCGCGGAGCCGGGAGGGCGGAGGCCGAGGAAGGAGGAUGUCCCCGUGUCCCCGCAGGUGGCCGGUCACAGGCGCUGGCGCUGGCUCUGCGGCCGCGGGCUGUGCUGUUCUGUCGCCUGUCGCUGUCGCUGUCGCUGUCACCGCCACAGCCGCGGGUGGCCCCGGGCCCGCGAGUGUUCGGCGUGGAGCUGUCACAGCUGGUGGCCCGCGAGGGACACCCGGGACAGGUCCCGCUGCUCGUGCUCAAGUGCCUGGCCGAGAUCGAGCGGCGUGGGCUGGCGGUGGUGGGGCUGUACCGGCUCUGCGGCUCGGCCGCGGCCAAGAAGGAGCUGCGGGACGCCUUCGAGAGGGACAGCGCGGCCGUGGCAUUGUCCGAGCGGCUCUGCCCGGACAUCAACGUGGUCACCGGGAUCCUGAAGGAUUUCCUGCGGGAGCUGCCGUCCCCGCUGGUGCCGCCCCGGCUGCAGCGCUCGGUGCUCGAGGCCAUGGCCCAGAGACCCCCCCGGGACCCCCCCGGGGAC